CGGGGCCGGGCUCAAGAGACCCGGCGGGCGGCCUUGAGGAGGGGAGGCGGGCGCGAGCCGGAGCGCGAGCGCGGCGGCUGGCCAUGAUCGCGUCGUGCCUGUGUUACCUGCUGCUGCCGGCCGCGCGCCUCUUCCGUGCCCUCUCAGAUGCUUUCUUCACAUGUCGAAAAAAUGCCCUCCUGGCGAAGAGCUCGUCCACCCAGGUAGAGGGCGACUUUGCCAUGGCCCCUCGGGGUCCCGACCAGGAGGAGUGUGAGGGCCUGCUACAGCAGUGGCGAGAAGAAGGGUCGAGCCAGGUGCUCUCAACUUCGAGUGAGGGUCCCCUUGUAGAUAAGGGACUAGCCCAGAGCAGCCUGGCGCUCCUGAUGGAUAAUCCUGGAGAACAGGAUGCUGCUUCAGAGGACAAGUGGUCCAGCAGGCAGCUGAGUGACCUGCGGGCAGCAGAGAACCUGGAGGAGCCUUUCCCCGAGGUGCUAGGAGAGGAGCCACUGCCAGAGGUCGAGGGCCCAAUGUGGGCGGCUGUCCCCAUGCAGACCGGCCCCCAAUAUGCAGACUGUGCUGUCCUCCCAAUGGGUGCCCUGGCUGCAGAGCAGUGGGAAGAGGACCCUGCAGUGGUGGCCUGGAGCAUAGCACCUGAGCCUUUGCCCCAGGAAGAGGCUCCCAUCUGGCCUUUUGAUGGCCUGGGGCAGUUGCAACCUCCCCCAAUGGAAAUCCCGUAUCAUGAAAUCUUGUGGCGAGAAUGGGAGGAUUUCUCCGCUCAGCCAGAUGCUCAGGGCCUGGAGGCAGGGGAUGGCCCUCAGUUCCAGUUCACUCUGAUGUCCUAUAACAUCCUGGCCCAGGACCUGAUGCAGCAGAGCUCAGAGCUCUACAUGCAUUGCCACCCGGACAUCCUCAAUUGGAACUAUCGCUUUGCGAAUCUCAUGCAGGAAUUCCAGCACUGGGACCCGGAUAUCCUGUGUCUCCAGGAAGUCCAAGAAGAUCAUUACUGGGAGCAGCUGGAGCCUUCUCUGCGAAUGAUGGGUUUUACCUGUUUCUACAAGAGGAGGACCGGGUGUAAGACAGAUGGCUGUGCUGUCUGCUACAAGCCCACGAGAUUCCGUCUGCUCUGUGCCAGCCCCGUGGAGUACUUCCGGCCUGGCUUGGAGCUCCUCAAUCGGGACAACGUGGGCUUAGUGUUGCUGCUGCAGCCACUAGUCCCAGAAGGCCUGGGGCAAGUCUCGGUGGCCCCGCUCUGUGUGGCAAAUACCCACGUCUUAUACAACCCACGCCGGGGUGAUGUCAAGCUGGCCCAGAUGGCCAUUCUCUUGGCCGAAGUGGACAAAGUAGCCAGGUUGUCUGAUGGCAGCCAUUGCCCCAUCAUCUUGUGUGGGGACCUGAAUUCUGUUCCUGAUUCACCUCUCUACAACUUCAUCAGGGACGGAGAGCUCCAGUACCAUGGGAUGCCAGCCUGGAAGGUGUCUGGACAGGAAGACUUUUCCCAUCAGCUUUACCAGAGGAAGCUGCAGGCUCCACUCUGGCCCAGCUCCCUGGGCGUCACUGACCGCUGUCAGUAUUUCUCCUCCUGUCACCCCAAGAGAGCAGAGAGACUGAAGUAUAGCCGAGACUUUCUGCUGCAAUUUCGUUUCUGUGACAUUGCCUGUCAGCGACCAGUCGGACUGAUUCUUAUGGAAGGAGUGACAGAUACUAAGCCAGAGCGACCUGCUGACUGGGCCCCGUCUGUCCUUGAGGAAGACACUCUGGAGCCUGAGCCUGUCUUCCCCAGGACUGUAGGCACCAUCCAGCACUGCCUUCACCUGACCUCAGUAUAUACUCAUUUCCUGCCCCAGCAUGGCCGCCCAGAGGUCACCACAAUGCCCCUGGGUCUUGGAACGACAGUGGAUUACAUCUUCUUCUCAGCUGAGUCCUGCGAGAAUGGGAACAGAACGGAUCGCAGGCUGGAUCAAGAUGGGACUCUCAAGCUUCUGGGCCGUCUCUCCCUCCUCUCUGAAGAGAUUCUCUGGGCUGCCAACGGCUUGCCCAACCCCUUCUGCUCUUCAGACCACCUCUGCCUGCUGGCCAGCUUUGGGAUGGAAGUCACCGCCCCAUGACGGGGUUCCCGGGGGAAGAGAGCUUCUCUUCCAGAAGAGCUCACUGGGUCAGAGACUGUGGAAAUACCCCAUACUUCUGGAAACUUGGAUCCGAGAAACUUACAUCCCCUCCCCUCCCCCCUUUUCCCCCAUUUCCCUUUUCGCAUGGUUAGAUUUUCUCCAGGCCCGUCUGCGUUCUCUGCCUGUGGUCCCUGCCCCGCCCCAACCUCUUCCUAAUCCUGUGCCACAUACUCAGUGGCCCUGGGAGAGGCAGAAGGGGGGCUCCCCUUUCAUUCCAUGUAUCCAGUGCUCCCCCUUAAUUUUUAAUUACCAGGGUUGCGGGAGCUAUUGAUCUCAUUGGUUAUUUGCUUUCAGGCCGUUUCUUGAUGGUAUCUUCUAACCCAGUCUUCUUUCCGCUUUCAUGACCUCUGGGCCCAGCCCUCUUGCCAGACACACACAUGUGAGGUGUGUAGCGUGCAUGUGUCCUCUCAGUGGGGGACUGCUCUGUACGGCCAUGCCUGCCUCCGACCAGCCCACUUUCCACACUGGGGCUGUCGACCUCUUCACAGGUCGAGAGCAUGACCUGGUAGCUGUGUGUUGGCAGGCAGCGGCAGGGCCGUGGGCCCUCCUCCCCUCUUAUCCUCUGUGUCUCAUGAGGCGUUCGUCAUGCCACCCGGGCCAUACUCCUCAUCUGGCCGCGGGGAAUGAACGGGCCUCAUAGCCUGUAACAGCAUCUUCAGGGAUGCACUACCUGCCCCAGCAGCCUCUGAGCCUCCAACCCAGAGCUCCCACAGCCCUGGCAUGCUUUCUCGAGGGCUCUUCCCUUUUUCCAGGCCGCUGUGAGAGAUGUGCAAGUAUGAAGCCCUGUGUGGGGUCAGUGGACUGAAAUAGGGAGUUUGAGGUUUAAAAGGACAAGAAAGUACCUUCAGGAAACUCUUGUCUUACUGUAUUCUGCCCCACGCAGAACUGGGGGGCUGGGAGGCCUGGUGGGGGUAAGAGCAGGCAGGCUGUGCGGCCACACUUCAGCUGGGACUCAAGACCUCAGGGACUUGUUCUCCUUCCUCUGCACUCCUCAGAAGCUCUACAGUUCCUUUUCUCCCACCACUUUUUACCUCGCUGCUUCCCCUAUUCCUGUCCAUUUUCUCCUAAAACAGUCUGAUGUGUGGCUCAGGCCAGACCCUCUCUGCAGAAGGUAGCCUUGGGCAAAACCUGUCCAAGCAUUCGAGGUGGCAGUGCUGGGUUAGUUCUGGCCGGCAAGGCCUCAGCUGCUCAUUGCCAGUGCUUUUCCUCCUAGUACAGGGCCACCCUGGCCUAUUUGGGGUGCCCUUUGCCCACAUGUAUCACCUGCAUGCCUUAAUCUUUCAUAGCUGGGGUGUGGCCUGGGUCUUCUGGGCCAGCAGCUCCUCAUACCUCCCCCAACUCAGAGUAGCUGCUGGUCCUUGUAGAUUAGCCUUGCUGUUGCCCCGCUCGGCCUCCGGAAUGGGACUGAAGGGUAUGGCAGAGAGGCUGGAAUUAGGGACAGUUAGCCAGAGGUUCUCUCCCCCUUUUUUAAAAAGCCAAAGACCCAGCCUGAAUUCUGCUGCUGUGUUCAUGGUUAUAAGCUUUCCAUGCCCAGAUACUGGGGAAUUUAUAUGUGCGUGUAUAUGUUUGAACACUGUAUCCUGGGUGCUGGGCAUGUGCCUGUCUGAGCCCCAGGCCCACCUGUCCACACCCCGCCCAUCGCUCAUUCUGUUCGUCUCUCCCCGGGCACCUCCUGAGAUAGUCUUAAGUCUGUGUCCUAUUGGUUUUCAGGACUGUGGCCCAUCACUGUUCUCUUCUGCCAGGAAAUGCAGUUUAAGACGGCUCAAGAUGGCGGAGGGCAGGAGUUUUAUAGGUGAUCUUUUUCUUGUUUUCUUAUUUGUUUCUGUUUUGGAAAUGAAAUGGGAGUUUUAAGUGGUCAUUUAAGCUCUCUUUUCCGAAUAAAGGUUUACCAUUUCCC